AAAAUUUUCUCAUCUUUUCAUUGUUAACAAAUAAGGUAUGUAUGAAGACUUUCUGGAUUAUAUAAUGGUAUUGUUUUUAUGUUAAGGAAGAAUAAUCAAAUUAUUACGAAAAUAAUUAUAGGCAUGACAUCAAGGUUCCAUAUAAGAGUUAGCAAAAAUUGACCCACCAUAAUGAUGCAAUUAGCCCAUUAACUAGGACUCUUUCAAAUGCCGCGGCCUGGUGCUCUUCUGGGAAGUCACUAUAAAUAGCACCUCCUCUGUGCUUCAUUUAUCAACUUUUCAUUUUGACUUUCGACUUUUCGCUUAAACCCACAAGCACAAAGGAGAGACAAAGCGUGGAGAGAGCAACAGAUACUCCAUUAAUGGCUGCCAAACUCUAUAUCGUUUACUAUUCAACGUAUGGACAUGUUGAAAAGCUUGCUCAAGAGAUAAAGAAAGGAGCUGAAUCUGUGGAAGGGGUAGAAGUGAAACUAUGGCAGGUACCUGAAACACUCCCUGAGGAUGUUCUUGGGCUGAUGGGGGCACCGCCUAAGAGUGAUGUACCAGUUAUUACACCUGCUGAACUUUCUGAGGCCGAUGGGUUUAUCUUUGGUUUCCCCACUAGAUUUGGAAUGAUGGCUGGUCAAUUUAAAGCAUUCUUGGAUGCAACUGGAGCGCUAUGGAGAACACAGCAGCUUGCAGGCAAGCCUGCAGGCCUUUUCUAUAGCACUGGGUCUCAAGGAGGUGGACAAGAGACUACUCCUUUGACAGCCAUCACCCAGCUUGUUCACCAUGGCAUGAUCUUUGUUCCCAUUGGAUAUACAUUUGGAGCUGGCAUGUUUGAGAUAGAGCAGGUGAAGGGUGGUUCCCCCUAUGGUGCAGGAACUUACGCUGGGGACGGCUCAAGACAGCCUACUGAGAUAGAGUUGGCGCAAGCUUUCCACCAGGGGAUGUACACUGCUGGCAUCACCAAGAAGCUCAAAGGAACUGCAUGAUUUCGUCUCACCAUUCAACUGCAUCUUCGUCUACCACACUGCAUUUAUUUUGUUUUAGUGUUUCAGUCCCCAAACUUUCAUUUUCUCGCAAUAAUAAUAUGCACUUUGGCGUGUUAAAUUGAAGACAUCUCCAAUGUAGAACUCACCAAGUUUCUACAAUACAGUGGCUUCUAUUAAUGAUGAGGUUUGCACACUCUUAUAUCUA